ACCGCAAGGGGGACACUCCCGUCAAAAGCACAUGUUUUUAUGUUUUUUAAAUAAAAAAAAAUAAUAAUGUAAACACUAUUUUUUCGUUUACAAAAAUGGUGUAAAGUAAACCAAUUUAAAAACGUUACUUCAGUUUUAUUUAUUGUAUAAAAAGAAAACAGGACAAAAGUUAAUUUAAUUUGUUAAGAGAGUUUUUUGGUGUUUGUAUUUUGAGGUUAAAUUUCUUUUAUAUUUUUGGAGUUUUUUUUCAAAUUAUCAAAAAUGACUUCAGUAGCUUUACCACAAAAAAAAUACUACAGACAAAGGGCACACUCUAAUCCAAUAGCUGAUCAUUGUAUUGAAUAUCCCGUGAAUCCAGAUGCGAUGAAUUGGAGCGAAUUAUAUUCAACAUUCGCAGAAACAAAUGAUAAAGAAUCUGAAAUUAAAAAGAUGACUAAGCAAGUGGAGUUCGCUGACAUUGGUUGCGGAUAUGGUGGAUUAUUGAUUACACUCUCACCAAUGUUUCCCGAUAAUCUAAUUGUUGGCAUGGAAAUCAGGGUCAAAGUCUCGGAUUAUGUGAUGGAUCGAAUCUCAGCAUUACGCCAACAAUAUCCUGAACAAUACAAUAAUAUUGCUUGCAUUAGAACAAACGCUAUGAAAUAUUUGCCAAAUUAUUUUCACAAAGGACAGUUAAAAAAAAUGUUCUUUCUUUAUCCUGAUCCUCAUUUUAAAAAAGCAAAACAUAAAUGGCGAAUUAUUAAUCAAACAUUAUUAGCAGAAUACGGAUAUGUUCUUGCAGAAGGAGCUAUUGUUUAUACAAUGACUGACGUUAAAGAUUUACACGAAUGGAUGGUUCUUCAUUUUGAAAAACAUCCAUUAUUCGAAAGAAUUCCUGAUAAUCAACUUGCUGAUGAUCCAAUUGUGGAAAAAUUAUAUGAAAGUACCGAAGAGGGACAAAAAGUGACGCGAAAUAAAGGAGAUAAAUUUUUGGCUGUAUUUAAAAGAAUUUGUGAUCCAUAUGAAAAAGAAGAAAGUUGAUAUUUUAUAAAAUUUUCUUUUUAAUAAAUUCAUUUUGCAAAAGAAGA